AGUCGGGCGGGACCUAGAGCUUCCCGCCUGUCGCGGAGGCUGAGGCUCUCGCCUUUCCUCACCCUGCUUCUUCCCUCGGCCCUGGCUUGGGCAGGGCAGCGCGCCCCCGGGGAGGGGCGGAGCUGUAGAUGUGAUGUAAGACAUUUCUUCAAGGCUGGACAGCUGAGGACCUGUUAUUUCUGAUUAGCCUUAAGCAGACCUAUAGCCAUAGAGAAACCUCACGGAGUUUCAUACUUUGCUUUCUGCUUUACAUCUUUCCUGACACCUAAAUCCAUCUUGCAACCAUGUAUGGAAGUGCUCGCUCAGUUGGGAAGGUGGAACCAAGCAACCAGAGCCCUGGGCGUUCACCAAGGCUUCCACGUUCUCCUCGCCUGGGGCAUCGUCGAACCAAUAGCACAGGAGGGAGUUCUGGAAGCACUGUUGGAGGUGGCAGUGGGAAAACCCUUUCAAUGGAGAAUAUCCAAUCCUUAAAUGCUGCCUAUGCCACGUCUGGCCCCAUGUAUUUAAGUGAUCAUGAAAAUGUGGGCUCAGAAACCCCUAAAAGCACCAUGACACUUGGCCGUUCUGGGGGACGUUUGCCUUACAGUGUUAGGAUGACUGCUAUGGGCAGUAGCCCCAACAUAGCUAGUAGUGGGGUUGCUAGUGACACCAUAGCAUUUGGAGAGCAUCACCUCCCUCCUGUGAGUAUGGCAUCCACUGUACCUCACUCUCUUCGUCAGGCAAGGGAUAACACAAUCAUGGAUCUGCAGACACAACUGAAGGAAGUGUUAAGGGAAAAUGAUCUUUUGCGGAAGGAUGUGGAAGUAAAGGAAAGCAAAUUGAGUUCCUCAAUGAAUAGCAUCAAGACCUUCUGGAGCCCAGAGCUGAAGAAAGAAAGAGCCCUGAGAAAGGAUGAAGCUUCGAAAAUCACUGUUUGGAAGGAGCAGUACAGAGUUGUGCAGGAGGAAAACCAGCACAUGCAAAUGACAAUCCAGGCUCUCCAGGAUGAAUUGCGGAUCCAGAGGGACCUGAAUCAGCUGUUUCAGCAGGAUAGUAGCACUAGGACUGGUGAGCCUUGCGUAGCAGAGCUGACAGAGGAGAACUUUCAGAGGCUACAUGCUGAACAUGAGCGGCAGGCCAAAGAGCUGUUUCUUCUCCGAAAGACUCUGGAGGAAAUGGAACUUCGUAUUGAAACGCAGAAGCAAACCCUAAAUGCGAGGGAUGAAUCCAUUAAAAAACUCCUAGAGAUGUUGCAGAGCAAAGGACUUUCUGCUAAAGCUACUGAGGAAGAUCACGAGAGAACGAGACGACUGGCAGAGGCAGAGAUGCACGUCCACCACCUAGAAAGCCUCCUGGAGCAGAAGGAAAAAGAGAACAAUAUGUUGAGAGAGGAGAUGCAUCGGAGAUUUGAGAAUGCCUCUGAUUCUGCCAAAACAAAAGCUCUGCAAACAGUUAUUGAAAUGAAGGAUUCAAAAAUUUCUUCUAUGGAACGUGGGCUCCGAGACUUGGAAGAAGAAAUUCAGAUGCUGAAAUCUAAUGGGGCUUUGAGCACUGAAGAAAGAGAGGAAGAAAUGAAGCAAAUGGAAGUCUAUCGGAGCCAUUCUAAAUUUAUGAAAAAUAAGGUAGAGCAACUGAAGGAGGAACUAAGUUCGAAAGAGGCUCAAGGGGACGAGCUGAAAAAGAGAGCGGCUGGUCUCCAGGCUGAGAUUGGUCAGGUGAAGCAGGAGCUAUCUAGAAAGGACACAGAACUGCUAGCUCUACAGACAAAGCUAGAAACACUCACAAACCAGUUCUCAGACAGUAAGCAGCACAUCGAAGUGCUGAAGGAGUCCUUGACUGCUAAGGAACAAAGGGCCGCCAUCCUACAGACAGAGGUGGAUGCUCUUCGAUUGCGUUUGGAAGAGAAAGAAACCAUGCUGAAUAAGAAGACAAAACAAAUUCAGGAUAUGGCUGAGGAGAAGGGGACACAAGCUGGAGAGAUACAUGACCUCAAGGACAUGCUGGAUGUGAAGGAGCGAAAGGUUAAUGUUCUUCAGAAGAAGAUUGAAAAUCUUCAAGAGCAACUUAGAGAUAAAGAAAAACAAAUGAGCAGCUUGAAAGAACGAGUCAAAUCCUUGCAGGCUGACACCACCAACACCGACACUGCCUUGACAACUUUGGAAGAGGCCCUUGCAGAGAAAGAGCGGACAAUUGAACGUUUAAAGGAGCAGCGGGACAGAGACGAGCGAGAGAAGCAAGAGGAAAUUGAUAACUACAAAAAAGAUCUUAAAGACUUGAGAGAGAAAGUCAGCCUAUUACAGGGCGAUCUUUCAGAAAAAGAGGCUUCACUCUUGGAUCUGAAAGAGCAUGCUUCUUCCUUGGCUUCUUCGGGACUGAAAAAGGACUCACGGCUUAAGACACUAGAGAUAGCUUUGGAGCAGAAGAAGGAGGAGUGUCUGAAAAUGGAAUCACAGUUGAAAAAGGCACAUGAAGCAACGUUAGAAGCCAGAGCCAGUCCUGAGAUGAAUGAUCGAAUACAGCAGUUAGAGAGUGAAAUCGCCAGGUACAAAGAUGACUCUAGCAAGGCCCAGGCAGAAGUUGACCGUCUCUUAGAAAUCUUGAAGGAAGUGGAAAAUGAGAAGAAUGACAAAGAUAAGAAGAUUGCUGAGUUGGAAAGAAAGCCAGUCUCCCGCAGUUUGUGCCUCCCACGCCAGAUUUCUGUCCCUGCACCGUCAGGGGGGUUUGUUUGGGACUUCCUGGGAAAUCUCACCUCAAGGCAAGUGAAAGACCAGAAUAAGAAGGUGGCAAACCUGAAGCACAAGGAGCAAGUGGAAAAGAAGAAGAGCGCACAGAUGCUCGAGGAGGCUCGGCGAAGGGAGGACAAUCUCAAUGACAGCUCCCAGCAGCUGCAGGACAGUCUCCGUAAGAAGGAUGACAGGAUUGAAGAACUCGAAGAAGCACUAAGAGAAAGUGUACAGAUAACUGCAGAGCGAGAAAUGGUGCUCGCACAAGAGGAAUCAGCCAGGACCAAUGCUGAAAAACAGGUGGAGGAAUUGCUAAUGGCCAUGGAGAAAGUAAAGCAGGAACUAGAGUCCAUGAAAGCAAAAUUAUCCUCUACUCAGCAGUCUCUGGCAGAAAAGGAAACUCAUUUGACCAAUCUUCGGGCAGAGAGAAGAAAACACUUGGAAGAAGUUCUGGAGAUGAAACAAGAAGCUCUUCUGGCUGCCAUUAGUGAAAAAGAUGCCAAUAUAGCUCUUUUGGAACUUUCAUCAUCUAAGAAGAAGACCCAAGAGGAAGUGGCUGCACUAAAGCGGGAGAAGGAUCGUCUGGUGCAGCAACUCAAGCAGCAGACACAAAAUCGAAUGAAGCUAAUGGCCGACAACUAUGAGGAUGACCAUUUCAAAUCCUCCCAUUCCAAUCAAACCAAUCAUAAGCCCUCCCCAGAUCAGAUCAUCCAGCCCCUCUUAGAACUUGACCAAAAUAGAAGCAAAUUAAAGUUGUAUAUUGGACACCUGACAGCCCUCUGCCACGACCGCGACCCUCUGAUCCUUCGUGGGCUCACUCCUCCAGCUUCCUAUGACGUGGACGAUGACCAGGCAGCUUGGGAGAAUGAGCUGCAGAAGAUGACCCAGGAGCAGCUGCAGAACGAAUUAGAGAAAGGCGAGCGGGAUAAUGCAGAGCUGCAGGAGUUUGCCAAUGCCGUUCUCCAGCAGAUAGCAGACCACUGCCCCGACAUCCUGGAGCAAGUGGUCAACGCCUUGGAAGAGUCAUCUUGACCCUGCGUGGUGGGGAGUGGCCAGCCCAGCAGCCCAAGAUCGUGCACCCAGCAGUCAGGGAAGGAGACUAUGAGGACUAGACACCCAGAAACUUCUUGGCACAAAACACUACAAACUGCAUCCUGGCUUCCUCCGUCCUUCCAGUGUGGUUCCAGCACCAUCUCCACAUCUGUCCUGCUCUGCCUUCCUCCUUUGGGUGUUCUCUCUGCACUAGCUAACUUGAUAUCCAGGGUGGGUGAGCAAGUGGCCAAGUCUUCACGAGGAGCUGCCUCCGGUCAUCCAUCAUCAAUCGACAACGUAGACUGCGGAAGCUGGGGGCCCCGCCCGAGAGGGGGGCUUGGAGCAAGGCCCGCCUGCCUUUGUCCUCCGUGUGCAGGCUCAGCCUGGACUCCAAGUGGACUUCAGCAAAGUGAGAGACUACUCUCAGCGGGCCAGAGAUCUGAGUGUCCUAAUAUCACAACAGGUGCUUUCUCCUAAAAGGGUAAAAAAAAAUCUCAAAAAGAGUAUUAGAAAAAGAGGGGGAGGGAGAACAGGAACUCUUCUUUUUACUGGUUCUUUUGUUGACCUUUCAUGUAAUGUUUUGUGCUGGGGAGCCGCAAGUAGGCCUGGUGGUGGCUUAGAAAACACUGAUCCCCGGUGCUGUCUGUCUUGCUCACCUUGCUCUUCUCUCAGGUGGUAAGGAAGAGGAUGGUAUGAAGAGAUCUCCCCCUUCCCCUCUUGUUCCCGCCCUUUGACCUUAUGUACUUAAGCUUGUAAGUUUGUCAGAUCACAUGUCUCUAAUUAAAGGAGAAGAGGAUUUGACAUGUGCUGCUGCUGUCACCAGUGCAACUCUGCUUCUGUGAAGAUGAUGUUCCUGGGGUCCGUGGCUUCUCCUGAACACAUCCCACAUCUGCAUUCUAGGCCCCUGAGCGCCAAACACUUCUGCCUUCCCAUCACCCAGGCUCCAAGAUCUUGCAGCCCUCUCAGUCACUGAAGUCUGUGACCUGCCUCCCGACCUUCUGGCUUCUUUCUUGACUUGCUCUCCUGGAACCUCAGCUUUGUGCAUUGCCUGGAGCCUCCUCCUGGCACAAACGAGUGUUCCUCAUCCCACACACAUUCCUUCCUCCAUUUGUUCAUUCAUGAACUGCCUGUCUACAAGUCACUAGUAGGCCCCCAGCCUUGAAAAAUCCCUCAGUGAGGGAAGGUGUGGGAUUCUGUAAGACACGUGACUGAGUCAGAGCAGUAAAAGACAUGCUCUUUCCCUCCCAUCUUCAUAAAAGGGAUCUUUUCUUAAAAAAAAUCUUUCACAAAUCAGCCAAAUUUUAAUAGAUAGAGGGUUGAAUUUUUCACCUGUCUGUAGCAUCCCAAUUGGUAAUUUAGGGUUUUUGUUUAUUGUUACUGACCUGAAAGAGUACUGUGUAGGGACUGUGAUGGUGGGUGGAUCUUUUCAACAUGUCUGUGGCCCUCUCAUGAUCUAUGGUCAGCUCCACGGUGCCAGUCAGAAAAUUGACCCCAGAAUUUCAGGUCCAACUGAAGACACUGGCAUUUUGAAGGGCCUUCUUCCAAGCUUAGACAGUGACAGUCUUAAAGACUCAAGCCUCAAGAAACUGACCACUUUGUCAAACCCAGCCCUCUGGCUAGACACCACCAGACACGCCUUCUGAUAAGAGUUGCUGGGCUAAAUGUUUUGGCUUGCAUUUUCUUCUUCCCUUUCCCAGUUACUCAGCCACAGAAUCUAAUGCUGUCGGUAAAGUCAUCAGAGCCAUUAGCCUGGUAUCUUCCCACCAGCAGCCCUGACUGUCCAUUAACUUAUAUGGUCAAAGCUCCAGCUGCCCUGAUAGCCUGAUGUAAAGCUCUCUCCCUGUGAGAGAGUUCCUUACUGAGGUUUAAAGGGGUCCUUCUCAUUACCGUGUUCUGAGAUGCUUCCUGAUAGUCAGGCUGGCUACCGGGUGGUCAGGGGUUAGAGAGGAAGGGUUGUUCAUGGUCAGUUACCUCAGUUCCAUUUAUUCAUUGCACUGCCCAUAGAUCAUGUAGAAAGUACCCAAUAUUUUAGGUAUCAGAAUCUUGCUUUAUCGACCAUAAUGCAAAGAGCUGAGGUAGAUAACACCCCUCAUCGUCCUUCAUAGGACUACAGCAGGAAACAACACAGAAAGUAGAAGAGGCUGUACCCAGAGAAGCUGCCUGGCCUGGGUCUUCGGUCUGACGGGUGGCAGCAAGCAGGCCUCCCCGCCCGGCUCUCACCCGCUGGCCCUUUCCACCCACUACCGCGCCAGCUCUUGUCCACUCAGCGUGGCCUCCUGCGCCCCGUGCCUUCCCCUUAGCACUGCAGCCCUUCCGCUGGCAUCCCGCUCAGUGCUCGAGAAUGUGCUCCGGACAUGUUUCAGAGAAGGAAGCUUGUGAGGCAGACGCCAUCUGUCUGGUCUCCAAACCACAGCAAGGAGUCUCCUUGACCCUUCUCUGGCGGUCUAACUGGCGUCUCAAAUGAUGCUGGAGACGGUUUGGUCUGAGAGGAGAGUCUAGUCGGAACGCAGCUGCCUUUUAGAGGGCAAAGUGAAUGCGGCUUCUGGCACGGAGCAUCUUACGGAGUCGAGAUCAUUCGCUGAGCUGGCAUUUACUACAUGCAGUUGCCGUCAGAUGAGACUCGGCAUGCCGAAGGGCUGGAGCCUUGCAGACCACUGCAGGUUGCCCGUGAUGCCCCCCGUACCCUCCUUUGUGGAGUCUUGUUGCCUUUUGGCACAUAAAGAUGCGUACUCCAAGUCAAGGGCAUGGAGAAGGAGACCGAAGAGGUGGAAUCCUACUUGGGGCUCAUGACUGAGAAAACGUCCAUUGCACUUUCUCAUCCUUCCGUAUACGUCUCUCCCGGGAGCUUCCUGAGUCCUUGAUGAAGUAGCUGGACUGAGAUCUGCCAGGCCUUGGAUACCAUCUUUUCAGUGGGCUCUAACAUUAAGAAAGGAGAAUGACCCUGCCCAAAUCCAUCUCACUUCUGACCUCUCACCUGGACCUUACCCCAUAAAGAUCUAAGUGUUUCUCUCGCUCUUCCCAACACUUGGACGUUAGCAAAACUAGCAAAGCAGCCUGAACCCCGACUGCAGCCCACAGUGAGACUGCGCUUUGGAAGCGAAGUCUGGUUUUCCACGAGGGACUCACGGACUCAGCCGAGAGUGAGAAGAGGGGCUCCUCCGAGAGGGAGGAUGACGCCUUCGCAGAGGUUUAGUCAGCUGCUGAACAACCCCCUUCCCGUCCCCCCCCACACCCCCCCGCAGGUGGCCAGGACUGGCACUGAGACUUGCUGCUAGCGCCCCACCGACCCCAGAACCAUCUGCCCUCCUGUUUGACCCCAUUACGUCAGCAGAGGCCUGCUGGCUGCCUCCAGAUCUUUGAGGAAAGAGCAAAUAGGAGGAUGUUCCCACAUGGCAGUGGGCCUUACAGGCUCUUAGUCACCGCGGGCCCGUGUCAGCAGUCGCUGCCCCCCGGCAGCGCCUCCCCACCUGUGAGAGUCACGUGGAAAGGAGAGAAGAGUCGAAUCAGAGGGCCCACAGCAAAACAAGCGAGGCCGACCCAUCCAUCACUGCCAGCCCCUGGGCGUCUCCGGACGGUCACUUGAAACAAUGUGUGUGUGUGUGUGUGUUUAAGUCCGAGUUUCCCUCACGUGACCUAGGGGAGUAUUUGGGCAAGGGAAGCGACACGCUGUAGGGAAAUCCUUCUGAACAAAAUGGCUGUCUUUACUUACUCUUUUUAAGCAAAAACUGUUUCCAAACUUUUUAGUGUCAAAACUGUAACCAAGUGUCUCCUGAUUUUUUCCAAUGUGUUUGGCGAGUGCUGUGACCCUGUUGUAGGUAUUUCUCCUCCUGAGUCUUUUGGGGGAGAGGUGGUUUUAGGGAUUGAUUUGGGGGAGCAGACUUUUGUUCCCCUCCACCCCCUCUUUUUGUUUCUCUGCUUGUUGAUAUUGUCUGUGUGGUUCAGAAAAUCGGGGCAGUUACAUUGUGUCCAUUGUUGAGAUUAUUAAGAUAUUAAAAAGUAGUUGUAGAACUGAAAACCUAAAAGAGCUGUGUUUCAAAACAUGCAAGACCAGUAUCAUGUUGUUAAAGGAACUCGAGCUCCGAGGCAGCCAGACUCCUCGCUCCUCCCAGGCUGGCCUAGGUGGCACCAGUGCCCACCGUGCAGGUGGGCGCCUUCCAGGUGUCGGCGGCAUCUGCCCAGCGGAAGGCACAGGGUGGGGGGCGCAGAGCACGCGCCCGUUUGCGGCAGCCUUAGGCCCCUGAGCGGAGGUCGCAGCCGGCCCUUGGCAGCGCUCACCCUACACCGGUCCCAGCUCAGUGUGCCUCGUCCUGUGUGGUAACCUGGGCUCGCCUCUGCAGCCCACACCCGGCGGCAGCCCUGCACAGGUCCCGGAACCUCCUUCCUGCCCACUUGGUGCUAUAUCAUCCAGUGACCCCUCCAAUACAGGCCAACCACCGGCCGGCCUGGAGCCCGCAAUCCAGGUGACUGAAGGAUUCUCAGAUCUCAGUUCCUCCUGGCAUCGGUCCCUAGAUUCUUCCCCUUGAACCUCUCUAGAGCCCAGGUCACCCAGCCCAAGCUGUCUCCCUCGGCCCCCAGAGACCCCAUGGUCAGGAAAGGGGUGACCCUGCUGAAGCCUGAGACGGUGCCCUGGGCAGAGCCUUGCCCUCCGCACCACACAGUAUUGCACUCGGCCUCUGACGCAGCUAGACCCACCUGAGGCCACCCUCACGCCUCCUGGCCUGCCGCCCCACGCACGACUAGCCCGGAACCUGCCUGCACAUCAGGACACCAAGGGUGGAGACUUGGGGUCUCCCUGGGACUGCUCCCCUCAGCUUCAGAAGGAAGCGCUGCACUUUAGGAGGCCCAAAGAGCACUGGGGACUGACUCCUUGCAGCUUGAGUUCCUUUUGGUGACUGUCGCAGCCGCAAUGGUGGUGUCUGAUGCAAAUGCACCUGCUGCCUUCAACUGUGUGUGUGUGUGUGCGCGCGUGCGUGGGCGAUGGCUGGAGUCACGUUGCUGACAGGAUAAUGACAUUACAGAGAAAUUGUGUUCUAGUCAACUUUGCCUUGAUAAUUAUUGUAAACACUUUGUUCAUUUUUCUUUUUUAUUCACAAACUAAAUCCAUCAGGAAAUUAUAAAGUUAUUUAAAAUUG